AUGGUCCGCGAUGAUAUGGUUGAGUUGAGGGUAUCAAUCGUUCAUCAGACGGACUUCAAAACUACAAUUCUAAAUGGAAAUUCAGAAGAAGUUAUCUUCAUGCAGUCGCCAAACGAUGACGAGGAAAAGCCUCUACGGCUCGAAACAAGCGGCAAGCGAGAACUCACCCUCAUCCUGUACGUGGAAGACAUCCUGACUGCCGGAGAAGAAGUUUCAGAGGUUAUUUGGAUCAAGACCAAGCUAUUACAAAUGAAGGAUCUCCUGGAAGUCAAGACUUUCUUAGAGAUGACUAUCAAGCGAGACAUCCCGAAUAGCGUCAUCGAGAUUUUGCAAUCAGGAUAUGUCGGAAAGGCUCUGCUAAAGUUGCACUCCCAUGGAGAUGAUUAUGAUGCCUCGAUGAUGACGAUGAUGAUGCUUUUGGAACAGACCAUCAUGAUGCACUUCUUCUUCCUCGCGGCGUUCUUCUGGCUCAACACCAUGUGCUUCAACAUCUGGUGGACUUUCCGAGAUUUACGUCCGACGUCGCUGGAAAAGAGUCAGGAAAUAUGCCGGCUGCGGAUCUACGAGGUGUACGCUUGGGGAGUUCCGCUGGUGAUUGCGGGGGUGGCCGCCAUUCUGGACAAUCUGGCCGAUACCGUGUACCUGAGACCGCGCUUCGGGGAACGGACCUGUUGGUUCUAUGGUGAUAUGGAAAUUCUGACGUAUUUCUACGGUCCGGUUGGAAUCCUGCUCUGCAUCAAUCUGCUGCUGUUCGCAUCAACUGCCCGGCAACUGACCUGUGGCCUCUGGAAACGAGACGAUGUCAAGUCGACCACGGAACGUGCUGCGCUCGGGCGUGUCUGCAUGAAGCUGGUCGUCGUGAUGGGCGUGACCUGGGUGGCCGAUGUCGCUUCGUGGGUCUUCGGGGGGCCCGACUAUAUCUGGCUGGUGACCGAUCUCAUCAACGCCCUGCAGGGCGUUUUCAUCUUCAUCGUCGUCGGCUGUCAACCACAGGUCUGGUCCGCCAUGAAGCGCCUGUGGAACUCGAAAACGGGCCGCUCCUUCACCAACACCACCCACGGCCCUCAACAUUCGAGCUCCUCCCACGGACUUCCGUCGAUGGGCGAAUCCAUCACCAACAACACCUGCACAAACAACACCACCACAACCACAAACAGCCAAACAACGACGACGCGGGUUCCCAUGGAAACGGUUUGCUAAGAACGUUAGUUUUUUUCCGAUUUUUUUGGACAACCCUAGAACUGCUUUGGAGCUGUUACGAAAAUGAGUCUUUUUUUAUCAUCAACGAUUUAACAGCGCAUUUACAAACAGCAAAACUGCCAAUCGCAAAGAGAGAGAGGGAGAGAACAAACAAACAAAUAAAAACAUCUCGAAGUGCAGGAAUCUCUCUCGAUUCUUAGUGUUUAAGAAAUUUUUGAAAGUUAGAUUCCCAACGACAAAGUUUGUUGUUUGAAGUGAAGAGAUAAAAAUGAGAAAAAGAAGUUUGGAAAUGAACGAGUCAAAUUAUAUGGAGGAUUUUUUUUUACUUAUCAGUUGAUGUUUUCCUUCCUGCUUUUUACUUUUUUUUUAACAAAUCCGUGUAAAUAUCUGUUCCGUUGUAGAUGUUCAUUCUGAUUUUCUUUUGAGAAACUUCACUAAGUGUAAAUUUAUGUACAGGUUAAACACCAAAUUCAUACAACUUUUUUUAGAGGGCCCAAAAAGUGAUUCGAUCAAAAUUUUACGAGAAUGGUUGAUCUUCUCUUGUUAUGAUUCGAAUUUUUAGUUUACAAACAUUAUUGCUUUAAUUAGUCAAACACGUUACGGCCAAUCAAAGUCGGCUUUGCUUUUCGUUCGAAUGAAAACAAACAAACAAACAAACCUAACCUUUGGCAGAGCUGCCUGCUACGAUUACUUAAAUUAUAAACAAUUUAUUUUGCUUUCGUUUAUUUUUUUUUUUGUUUUUUUUUGCUGUCUGUAAAUAUUGUAGUUUUUUUUAUUGAGUCUCGCAUCGUCCGAGAUUUUUGUAUUUUGGUAAUAAUGUAUUGCUAGAGUUUAAGAUUAUAUCUGCAGCAGCAUUGGAGCCGAAAUGAGAUGUAUUCGAUCAUCCUGCAAGUUGUUAGAGGAAAAUCUUAGAAAUUUAAAAACGAGAUUUUUGUAUACAUUGUAUAACACUUUUUGACCCUAGUUCGUAACAAGAAAAACCAAAAUUAUUCAAGUAAGCGACGAGAACGUAUAAGUAUAUAUUGACGUGUUUUGGAAACAUAUUUUAAUCGUGAAAAAUUCAGUGGUUACUUCCGUUUUUUAGAUGUUUUUUUAGGGAAAUAUCUAACAAAAUCGUCCAACUAUCUCUUACUGAAAACCCUCAAAGAAGGCGUAAGGUUAUUCGAUAUACCCACCGUUCAAUAACGUUAACAUCAAUCAAUAAAAGUUUAUCAAAAGUAUAUCUCAUUAAAAUAGAAUCACUUAAUCGCAAUAUCGUUCAAUGUUCAAUCUGUAGCAAUAGCAACUUCUUGAAAAAAACUGUAACAGAACACCAUUUUUUGAAAGUUUAAACUUACACUAGUCUAUACACUGAAGUAAAAACGACAGUUAAUCUUCCCGAUCAGUAUCCAAGCAAUGGAAGUAGCUAAACAAUUCACCUUACCCUCGAACAUCUUUCUUCAUCAUUAGAAGUGUCAUUCGUCACCAUUAAUCAUAACGACGCCUAGCGGAUAAAAAAAAAGCUAGCAACAAUAACAUUAUAGCACAACAAUCAAAGUAGGCACACAUCUCGGAAGUGAUUAACAAAAUUUACACUCAAACAGAUCACGCUGUAGGAAUUUUUGCUAAACCAUAUUUAGUAGGCGACGACGAGUAGGCUAAGGCAAUGUAUAAACCGACGACAUUAUUUUGAUUAGAGACGUUCUAAAAAAAAAAAAGAAGUAAACAAAUGUCAAACAGUAUUCGAUAGCGUAUUGCUACUUUUAACCUUAUUAACAUUGUAAGUAGCAAAAAGAGGUAUUUAACAAAAAAAAAAAAGAAAGAUGUAACCAAUUCAGACGCGCUAAUUAACCAAUAGCUAAUCCGAUUGAGAUCGGUAAUUAGAGAGAUGUAGGAAAUUUAAUGCCUAAUAUGAUGAUGUAUACAAACAAACAUACAAACAAAAAAACCGCGCUAUGACUAACUAAGAAAGUGACAACCAAAAUGCUGCUAGGAUUGAGGAGAUCCCAUUAUUGAAGUAACUAAUACGUAGAAAAAACAACAACAGUAAGAAACCUUCCCAACAAUUUACACCCCCCAAUCACUUGAACCCGUCCCUUUAAGAAUUCAUUCAAACAUAAACUUACAAAUCAACUCAUAAAUAUACAGAAAACAAUCACACAGUAUAAACAUAGAGAGAAAAAAAAACCAAACCCCCAAAACUCGUCAAACGGAAUGUGUAUGUAACGAACAAUUUUGUCGUCAGUAGCAAUUUAAGCAGCAAAUAAAAGAGCCAAUAGCAGAAGCAAACAAGCAAGCAAGCACCCGCAAUGAUGAUAAUAAAUUAUGAAAUACAACAAUAAUAAUGCUAAUCUUAACACUUCUCGGAAGCAUACAUGAAUGCUAUAGCAAAACGUGAUCCCAAAAUAUAAGAAAACAAAAUAAAUAAAAGCGAAAAGUAAACCUUCAAAUGUGAAA